AUGAGGGUGGCGGGACAAUCACCACCACCACCACCAUUGUCUUCGUCUCCAAAACAACAACCACCCUUUCUAACUGCAAAAGAUGCGGAGUCUCUCUUCCGUACCAAAACAAUAUCAGAAAUCCGAAAUGUCGAAUCCGCAACCCGAAAACAGAUUCAAGAGAAGAGCGAGGAGCUCCGGCAGCUCGUUGGUAACCGCUACCGCGACCUCAUUGAUUCUGCCGAUUCAAUUGUCAACAUGAAGUCGUCUUCUCACUCGAUCUCUGCCAAUAUUGCAGCCAUUCAUCACGGUAUCCUCCAUUCCUUAUCAUCUACGACAAUUAGUCUUAAUUCUGUAUCUUCGAACCCCGCCAGGGCUCGUAAUUACGGCAUUGCAUGCCGGAUUAAGUAUUUAGUUGAUACUCCGGAGAACAUUUGGGGCUGCCUCGACGAAUCGAUGUUUCUCGAUGCAGCUGCGCGCUACACGCGGGCCAGAUUAGUUCAUCACAGUUUAACAAGCAAUGAAAAUAGCAAAAGUGUUUUAUGGAAAUUUCCUCUAUUACAGCAUCAAUGGCAGGUUGUUGAGAGCUUCAAAACACAAAUCUCUCAGCGUAGUCGUGAUAGAUUGUUAUUGGAUCAAUCUCUGGGGCUUAGAAUCUCUGAUUAUGCUGAUGCUCUUGCUGCUGUUUCGGUCAUUGAUGAUCUUGACCCGUCUAAAGUUUUGAGGCUUUUUCUUGAUUCAAGAAAAUCUUGUGUUUCUCAGAAGCUAGGUAGUUGUAAGGUGGCUAGUGAGGAUGUCAUAGCGGUGUUUUGUGAAGUGUUGAAGGUGAUUCAGGUUAGUGUAGCACAAGUAGGAGAGUUAUUCAUGCAGGUUUUGAGUGAUAUGCCUUUGUUCUAUAAAACAGUUUUGGGUUCGCCUCCAACUUCUCAGUUGUUUGGUGGAAUUCCGAAUCCAGAUGAAGAAGCAACGUUGUGGAAGGGUUUUAGGGAUAAGUUGGAGUCUUUGAUGGUAAUGCUGGAUCGUGAUUCUAUUGCCAAUGCUUGUUCAGAUUGGUUGAGGAGUUGUGGGGAGGAGAUUGUUAACAGGGUCAAAGGGAGGUUAUUGAUUGAUGCAAUUGAUAGUGGGCAACAGCUCUCUGCAGCUGAGAAGCUGAUUAGAGAGACGAUGGAUGGGAAGGAAGUAUUAGAAGGGAGUUUAGAGUGGCUGAAGAGUGUCUUUGGUUCAGAGAUUGAAAUGCCAUGGAGUAGAACCCGCGAACUCGUUUUGGGCAAUGAUGCUGAUCUCUGGGACGAAAUUUUUGAAGAGGUUUUUACAAGCAGGAUGAAAGAAGUAAUUGACUCUGGAUAUGAUGCGAUGUAUCAUGCCGUCAAUGUGAAGGAUUCAGUUCACACCAUUAUGGAGAGUCCAGGUGACCAGGUUGAUUUCCAAAGCUACUUGAAUAGAACCCAUCUGGGUGGUGGGGUUUGGUUUAUGCAACCAAGAUGUAAAAAGAUCAGCCCAGUGACAAAUUCCAAAGUAACUCCUGAUGACUCCAAUUUUGAUAGCUGUUUAGAUGCUUACUUAGGGGAUGAAGUUGGCCAGAUUAGAAAGUUGGUGGACAGUCAUUGCCAGAAUGUACUCAUGGACCUAUUAAGAUUCUUAGAGUCUCCGAAAGCCUCUUUGAGGUUGAAGCAACUAGCUCCAUAUUUACAGAGAAAGUGCUUUGGAAGCAUGUCAGCCAUAUUAGCAGAACUCAAAAGCGAAAUGGAACACUUAUAUGCUGCCUUGGGACAUGGUGAUAAGGAUGGUGAUUCUGCAGCACCUCCUGCUAUAGUUGUCCAGACAUCACUUUUCGUUGGAAAACUCUUGUUUGCUUUCCAGAAGUACUCUAGACACAUUCUAGUGAUACUUGGUUCUCCUAGAUUGUGGGUGAAUGAAAUCUUAGCAGCACACUCAGGUAAGACACCGCCACUUUUGAGGUAUUCUCGAGCACUUGUCAAUUUUCCUCUUGAAAGCACUGGGAAGAAAAUGCUUGAUUCAUCUAGAAGGCAAGCUCCUCUUGCUGCUUCUGCAUUAUUUGGAGUUGAGGAUAGUUCAAGCCCACAACUUGAAGAGCUUAGAAAAACAACUCAAGAUCUUUGUAUUAGAGCCCAUAACUUGUGGGUAAUUUGGUUUUCUGAUGAACUUUCAGCUAUCCUCUCUCACAAUCUCAGAAAUGAUGAUUGUUUAUCAGCGACCAUGCCCUUGAAAGGCUGGGAGCAGACAGUAGUCAAACAAGUGGACUCUGCUGAUAGCCAGUCAGAGAUGAAGAUCUUGCUUCCUUUCAUGCCUUCCCUGUAUAUCACCUCAUAUUUAUUUCAAGCAUGUGAAGAAAUUCAUCGGGUUGGGGGUCAUGUAGUUGAGAAACCUAUUCUGCAGAUUUUUGCUGCAAGAUUAUUGGAAAAGGUCAUUGAUGUUUAUGUAGAUUUUCUCUCUAUUGAAGAGGCUAGUGCAACCCAGGUUUCCGAAAAAGGAAUUCUGCAAAUGUUAUUGGAUCUAAGAUUUGCUGCUGACAUUCUUGCCGGGUGUGAUUUAAGUGGAAAUGGGGGUAUAUCGAAAAUGCCAAAGACCAAGAUAGCAUUCAGACGGAAGCUAGAGGUUCAAGAAACAAAGUCUGUUAUCAGAGAACGUCUUGAUGGGUUGGUAAAUCGCCUCUCGCAGAAGCUAGACCCGAUAGACUGGCUCACUUAUGAGCCAUGUCUUUGGGAGAACGAAAAACAGUCUUACCUACGGCACGCUGUUCUAUUUGGUUACUUUGUGCAACUUCGACGGAUGUACACAGCUACCACGCAGAAAUUGCCAACAAAUUCAGAAUCAAAUAUUAUGAGAUGCUCCACAGUUCCUCGUUUCAAGUACCUUCCUAUCAGUGCGCCUGUAUUGUCUGCAAAAGGGAUAAGUAAAACCUCUACUCCAUCAUCUAUGGAUGAUGUAUCUUCAAGAAAUAAGUGGAGAAGUUAUACGAAGGACGAGCUCUCUCGCAAUCUUGAUAUGGAUGACGGUUCAAGUUUUGGGGUGGCAACACCUUUCCUUAAGUCUUUCAUGCAGGUUGGCAGCAAGUUUGGUGAGAGCCUCAAACUAGGAUCCAUGCUAACAGAGGGGCAAGUAGGCAGAUUUGGUGACAUUUUACCUGCUCAAGCUGCUGGGCUUCUUUCUUCAUUCACAGCAAGCAGAUCAGAUCAUUGA